AUGAAGUCGAUGGAGAAGGGAGCAUUGCUGCCUGUGGAUCGUCUCUGCAAGCAGUGUCAUGAAUUGAGUAGUCUGCAGCAACGGCCGAGUGAGGCUUCUUUCAAACCUUCCAGUGUUCAUCGCAGGAAGUCAACUCCUUCAAAAGCGGAAUCUUUACCUGGCAGACAGGAUCUUGGUUCAAAAGGAUCAGCACUCUCUAGUUCUCAAGAGACUUCACAGCAAGGAAGUAAAAGUAUAGCUAGCGAGAAUGAUGUUGUGAAAACUGCCGAUUCAUUCGAGAAGGGACACAAUUAUGUUGUAGAAACUGCAGGGAGCUUUAUCUCAGAAGAUAGCAGUAGGAGCAAGGGUGGACGAGGAGAAUCCAGUGAACAGUCCCUACCUCCCGAACCUGUCAGACGGAGUAAGAGGGGAAGACCUUACAAACCAGUUGGAGGUCUUCACCCAAAUAAACGAAGAAGCGUUGAGCACACGAGCCGAAAUUGCGACAAAGGCGCGCUAGGAAGGUCAAGAGCAUCAACGGAUGAAGAAGAUGAGCUUGGCAUGAAAAUAGAGAAGUUUAGGGGGCUGAAAGACCUUAGCUCUGGGAAGGACGUUAAGGAUCCAAAGCUAGUCUUACCUGAGGACCAGAAGAUUUUGGUCAUUGAGCGAAGUUCUUUGUCUUUGGAACCUCAAUCCGAAUUAGCUGUCAAAUUGGAGACUCAAGUAGCAGGGAAGUAUGAGGAUAGCCUACCCCACAAGUCUCCUUUGAAAUCAGUUGAAAAGAACUUUGAAGCUGAGUCGAAGAACAGUGAGGAAAACGAUACCGCUGCAGAAAAUUGUGUUCGCAGAACAGGAAAGAUCACUCCAGUUGGACGUAUCGUCGAAAGAAGUGCCACGGGUGCUGAAGCUGCUAUGGAUUCGUUGAAGACAGAUAAUCUGGGAGAUUCCCUCUCUGUUGUCGAGAUCAGUGAGUCACUUCCAGCUACAUAUUCAGUGACUCUCAAAAGUGAAAAUUGUUGCGAGAGUGUUGCGGGUGCUAUUUCUCUGGACCAAGCCGACUGUCCGCAGGUAGCGAGAUUCGAAAGUCGAGAUGCAAGGAUUGAGCCUCUAGAUCUGACUAGAAGCGAUACGGCAGGAGAAGACUCUGGAGAGUCUUCGAGAUAUCUGCCAGUCGACGUCUUGGAGCUAGCAGAUACUAAGAGUGAUCAGUCUAAGCUAGUAAAAGACGCAGUUUGUGGAGACCGAGAUGACAUUGCGAUGGAGACGCAGUCAAAGCCUUGUAUCCAAGAUAAGUCGGAUGGGUCCCUUGUAGUCGGACAGGGUGUGUCUAAUAGUGAUGAUAGAGUGUUCAGUAAAGGACAUCCUGGUGGGGCAACUGAGGCGAGAAAUAUGACAACGAUGUUAGCUUCCGUAGACCGUCUGGAUUUGAAGGGGCAAGGUGUAGAUCAUGUCUUACCCUUCGCGAGCAAGUCAAUGAACAACAACGUUGCUGGCGGGGUUCAAGUCGAUGAAAUUCUUGUUGGUGUUCCCGACGGCAGUAAGUCUUUGAGUACGGAGGAAUUGACUCAAUUCCGGCAAGUUGUCAAGUCUGCAGUUGAAGAAUGUCAAAUGCCACAAAACGUACUAAGUGCUGCACCAUUGCCCGAAUUGGUGAAGGAGGGGACUCCAUCUGUUAACUGUGAUGCUACUGCUGAAGGGGGCAAUCCCUUAGGUGAAGGGAAGAGCUCGAAAGCACCGCAAUCUAGAGACGUCACCUCCUCAUUCGUAGUUUCUCAAUUCCCUGAUGAUCUGAAUGCCAUCUCAAACCCUUCAAUCGCAAGCUCAGGAAAUUGUUGCGUUGAAGGUUUAUCUGGCGAAGCAUCUUCCGGCGCCGCUGGAUCUCGUACCCUCGAUGAUUUGCAUCAAACUUCGAGCUCAAUAAAGAGCACGUCGUCCAUGCCAAGAGUUACCCUUCCUUCUCGGGGUCUUGUUAAUCGAGGAGUAGAUCAUCAGCUCCCUCAGAGUUCGCCAACCUUACAUGCUGAGGGUCAUACUUCUGGUGCAGUGAGUCCUGUAGAGGUAGUUGACGCUACCACGACACUUCAAGGUGGUAGCAGUACUGCCAAAUCCUUGAGUUUGGGGGAUAUUACCGUUGCAACUCCUCCAAACAACCGAAUAAGCUCGGAGAGUCUUGAAAGGAAGUCUCAAAUGCGUGGAAGAGGGCCUCCUUCUGACGGUAAAACCUUUGAUCCUUGUGAGGGACAAUUGGCUCUUACUGACGAAGAAGCGCUAAAUGCCAUAUCGGCUCCAGUUCCUGAAGUUGUUGAGGCCUAUGCCGGGGUCGCAAUCACCAAUGAAGCUCCGAAGGCGUUGUCUCCUCCCGCAAGCAGGCAAUCGCCUCUUGUAGACGGUAAGUCGACUAUGGAUAAUGUUAAUCAUGUAUCAACAGCAAAAGUCCCCCACAGAAUUCCGACUGCCGAUUCCAUGGUGAACGUGAGCAAAGAUACCGAGUUUGUUAAGGAAACUUUUUCUUCCUUAAAUACACCACCCACAUCAAAUCAGACGCGAUUAAAAGUCGAUAUACCUGGUACUCUGAGGACGAGUUCUGCGGAGGAGGAGGACGUGUCCAUCAAAGAAUCAGCAAAUUCGUCUUCUGUGGAGGAAGUUGAAGAUAUCAAGGUGUGUGAUAUAUGUGGAGAUCCUGGUUAUGAGGAAUGCCUCGCUGUAUGUAGUGCAUGCAACGAAGGUGCAGAACACACCUACUGUAUGCAGGCUCUACUUGUUGCAGUACCUGUUGAUGGGUGGAUGUGUGAAGUCUGUAAAGCGAAAGAGACUGCUGGAAAUACGAGGCAAGGGGAGCGGCAGAUCUCUGAUCUUGUAUCGCCUGGAGCGACUCAUGGAAGCCCAAAGAAGAAGUCACCGACUAAGGGAAAUACACGUUCGAGAUUGUCUGCCCGCUUAGACAAGGGAAAGGGAAGUCCUCAAAAAAAGGGAGCGACUAAAGGUGCACCCAAUCAUCCUGGUUCUGAUAAAAGACCAGCGGAGGAGGCAGUGAAUCCUGUUCCCGCUAAGAAACAAGUUUUGGAGAAUGCAGUUACUUCUGUUCCUGGAAACAUGGGUUUGGCAGGCCGUGGUCUCUCUAGAGAGGGGUCUUUCAAAAUUCCUGAUUCAGGAAAAGUGAAAUUCCUCUCACCAAAUGCUCUGGCCAGUAUUCCGGUUGGCGGUGUUGUCAGGAAUUCAGGAAAAUCCAGUGGAUCAGCUGGAUCUCUUUCUCAUUCGUCAAGACCAGGCGCGAGUCCAAUGGGACUGUCAGGCAACAAGAGCCGAUUCACAUCAGCUAACAGUAGUCACAAUGAUGCUCUCUCCAGCCAUCAUUUAGCUGGAAACAAACAAGCCAGUCCAGUGAUCACACCCCGUUCUUCAGCAUUCCCUUUGACAACUCCGUCCCCUCUCUCUUCAAAUAGAGGAGCAGGGUCGCAAAGGUCGACUGAAACAAUCCCAUCAUUUAUGAGAUCAAGCAGUUGGAAGGGUAGUGCCAUGUCAAGGGCAAAAGAUGCUGUUGAUGGAAAUGGAUUACCUCCUUCCGGCAGAGAUAGCUCGUUAGGUGGGGGAAAUGUGAGAGGAGUUGGUUCAAAUUUUGGCAAACAGGCGAAGGGUAGUCCAUUUUUACAUGGAGUACCUGAGUACAGCAAGUGGGCUGAUACACCAAGACCGAGUUCACAGUCUUCAGGUUCUGUAAUGAAGAGCCCUCGACCUAGAGGUGAUUUAAAUACUGCUUCGCAACCUCCUGAUGCGACUGGGCUGGUACCCGCCGUGGAAAGACUGAGAACUCAGAGCCUUAACUCUAGUGGAACCUCUGGUCAACAACAAGCCUCUCAAGUAAGUCAGUUAUACAACGAAGCUUACAGGUCUAAUGAGGAGAUUGAUAGCACCAGAAGGUUCCGGCUGGAUGAAACACGUAUUGAUUCGCUUAGUUUAGUGGGAUCAAAAUUUCCUGGUUCUGUGAACAUCCAUACGGCAAAGACUACUUUCCCAAGAAGUGCCCCUCCGACAUCGGAAUUGGAAGUGAAGACAGGUGAAGGAACAAUUUCAAAAGGAAAAGACGCUGGAGAGCUCUCAAAAUUGGAAAGCUUGCGGCCUCCAGGUGUGGACGUAAGUGAGGCUCUGAGGUCUAUAUCGAUGCAAAAGUCUGCGUUUAAAGUAUCUGAUGAAUCAGAGAGGCGUCUUCCUAGUUCCACUGCAUCGAAAGUUCCUAUAGUAAAGAAUACGGUUAUGGCUGAAGAUGCCACCAGUAAUCCGAAGGGCUUACUGAGUAGGGCUAAGGACGCGAAGCGGAUUGACAUUUCUGAAGGGUGCUGGUCUGCUCUCAAGAAUAGUCCUACUAUGGGGAGUACUAGGUGCUAUAAGUGUAAGGAGUGGGGACAUACUGCGCAAAAUUGCAGUAAUCGUAGCACUCCAUCUUCUAAUUAUUUGGAAGUUGGCUCGACCAUUAAUCCGUCCCCUCUGUCAGCGUUAAAGAAUCCCAGAGAGAACGUAGGAGGGGCAAGCUCAAGCGUCUUAAAAGGGCCUCGACAUAAUAGCGUUCUGUCACAGAGUCAGACGGGUGUGCCUUCGAUUAAUGGUGCUACGUCGGUCACCAAAGCGGUACCCAUAAAAUCGGGAUCCAUUUUUCUGUCCGAUUCUCCAGCAGAGGUUGAGCAGGUGACCUCAAGAAGCUCACCAGGUAAUACAGCUGAAACGACAGCUCUACAUGAUAGGGAAGAGCUACCUAGACAAGGUGGACUGUCUGUCAUCCAAGCUCGCAAUCUUGCCAGGGUUUCCGGCCAGAGUAGUCCAUUGGGAUACGGUGUUCCUGCUGGAAAUGUGGUCACCAAAUCAAUUUCAGGUGAACAGGUCGGAAGCAGCUUUCCGAAGGAUGCCAAAUUUAUUCAAGUAUCUACCGCGAAGUCCGGGAACCAGGUUAGACAUCUUGCCCCGGUUCUGACUCAGAGUGGUAUAACUGCACCUGGCGUUUCAACUGGCAAUCUCACACCUGCUUUAGGAGUGAGGGAAUCUCCAAAGCCUGAUUCUGAAACUGCCAUAAUUGAAAAUGUGCCUCGGAAUUGCUCGAAAGAGAAAAGUCAAGCUUCUCAUGUUGCAGUGAAUCCUCUGGCACGACUUCCAUCGAUACCAGGUGCAAGUAUGGCUGUUCGUCCUUUGGAGCCACCUAUUGUAAGUGCGAAUGUGGUACCUCCUUUUUCAAGUCUCAUGUCAGGCUGGCCGCAACAACGGUACCCUGGCAUACCAGAUUUGGUCUCUUGGGGGACGUUUCCAGCCCCUUUCCCUAUUGGAGCUCGCCCGACCUUUCCCUUCGAAGGCAUUUUCAAUCAGGACACGAGUGGAACUUCAGUUGGAACUACGAUCUAUGGACCAGGACCGCCUCCAGGUCCUCCUUUCAUGAGCCCAGGUCCUGCUGCAGUGCCAGAAACCCAGUGCCUUUGGAGUGGUGGGUUUGAAGUAGUUUCAGAUACAUCUCCAGCGUUCUACGGUGGACUGGAAGGAUUUUCAUCCAGCUUUGCAGCGCCCAAAGUUCGAGCAUUGACAAAGCUGUUGCCUCCGAUACUGCAACUGGAGGAAGUCAGGCGUAUGCUCAACGGCGAUGCAUGGCCGAAGCAAUUUCAGCUAAAGCCACCCACUGAUAAAGAAAUAGCGCUCUAUUUUUUUCCGGGGGGUGAAAGCUCUGAUAAACCUUACUGGAGUCUUGUGGAGCAUAUGAUGACCAACGAUCUCGUCCUGAUGGGUCAGGUUGACCGCGCAGAGAUACUUAUAUUUCCUUCUCACUUGCUUCCCGCAGACUAUCACCGUUGGAAAAACAAGCCGUUUCUUUGGGGUGUCUAUCGAGCCAAGAAGUUGAAUGCACUUUCGACGCAACAAUCUGUAGAGGUCUCCGGGCAAGCAUCUGUAUCUCUCUCGCAGACACCUUCAAGGCUUGGUCCUGGAGGAGUCCAGACGGAGAAGCAGCCCGGACCACAGACAAUGGUAGCCCCCACUAGUGGUGAUUCUGGGGAGGCAGACAUGGAAAUUGAUAUGAUUGGAGACAAAGAACUGGGAGUGCCUGAGAGGCCUGCUAGAAAAUCAGGUUGGGAUCAGCCGAAUAGCCAACCGAGUCCUCCUCUACCUCGUGAGCCGGCUCCUGUUCAACCUCCACCACCUGGACAUGUGGCAAUAAGUCUACAGGAUGGUAAAAGGGGCGAAGAUACCAGUCAGAAGGAUUCAACUCCAAGCGAGACAAGCUCGGCAGACUUGGACGUUCCACCUGGCUUUGGACCUCCUCAAAAGCAGGUGUCCCCACAGGUUGGUCCCCAUCUGCCUCAGAGUUCAUCAGCUGCAGGUCCCGUGGUACAAAAUUAUCCUCAGCCAGUAGGACCUCCUGGCUUUAAUAACACUGCAAAUGGAUCAAAUCAAAAAAUCCUCCCGCCCAAACCGUCGGAGCCAGCAGGUUAUGAUACAAAUCAAAGUGGACCUGCACCAUUGCAGUUGCCACCCCCUCCAAUAGGUUCACCGCCUUUUGGUCCUCCGGGAUUUGAAAUUUCUCCCGUCGGAUCUGCUGGAAAUUUACCUCUGGUCUCAGUUACGCCUCCGGGUUUCGAAACACCGGCAAAUGGAUCUCCUGCAGCCCCCUCAUGUCCAGCGUUUGACAGUUCUCUUGGUGGAACUCGGAGCUGUGAAUCGCCCAUCCCAAGUGGGCCACCUGGAUUCGCCAAGGUCAGAGAUGGUUUGGCAGUGAACUCACAGGUGAACAGCAAAGGUGACAGUAGUAUUGGGAAUGGAGGUGAAGUCGAGAACCCGGAGAAGAACAGCCACCAGCAGCUCGAAUCCGUAAAGAGAGAGAAGAGUGCUGUAGAAAGGAGACCGUACUCGCGACAAGCCUCACCUAUGCUCGCUCCAAGCCCCAGUCCGAAGGAGUUCAAUGAAGACUCAGGUUUUGGUCACUCACGGGGUUCAGUGCACAGGCUUUCACGGUCAAGUUCGAAAUCACCAACACGAUACAGAGAUAGAACUAGAGACUCGAGCGCUGGGAGGCAAAGUUAUCAUUCAAGAGACAGGGGAAGGGAUAAAGACAGGGAUAGAGAUAGACGGAGGGACAGAGACCGAGGAGGGGACAGAGAUAGGGACAGAGACCGAGAGAGGGACCGUGAGAAGGAUAGGUUAGUGGUCAGAGAGAGGGAUAAAGUCAAAGAGUACAGGUAUAAAGAUCGGGUUGAUAGACCCAGAGAGAACAAACAUCGUCGCCAUGCUCGAUCUCGUUCACGCUCUCGAUCACGCUCACGCUCUCGAUCAGCAUCUAAACGAAGGCCUCGUUCGCCGUCUGGUUCCCCCAGAAAAAGGAGAAGUACGGCUAAAGUCCGACCAAAGCAUAGGUCGAGAUCUCAUUCCGACUCUCCAGAUUCAUACUAUGAGAGACCUUCGCGGAAGUUAACUUCCAUAGAAAGACGUGGGGACAGCAGAGAACAAUCAAAUGAAGGAAGUGUUGUGUUCAGAAGAGUUACUCCUCGUAUUGAGAACCGUGAAGGAGAUGUGAAGACUUUUGGAGAGGAGGCUAGAAUCUCCGAGGCAUCUACACAAAGAAAAGGAUAUCCUGCGAAGGCCGGAAAGCAGGUAGAGCUCAUACCUUUGUUUCUUAGAGAAGGGUUCUUCAAGUCUAGUCCGAACGAACCGAGAACGGAAACCCCGAUACCGUUUCUGGACAUGAAUGGACCUGAAGGGGAUGUGGAGGAGUUACAGAACGACGGAGAAAAAAGUGCUGUUCCGUAUCUCCACGUGUUUCUGUCAGCCGAAUCCACAGAGCCCUUGGAAGUCGAUACGAACGAGGACGUAUCUGCCCGACCAUUUUUUCCUAAGGGCCUCCCAUCUCCAGGCACAAGUUCGAGCACAUUCGACUUGCUGCAAAAGCAUACGGCAACAGAAACAUACAUCAGCUCGAGGUCGUGGGAAGAAGAGAAGACGACAGAUUCCUCUGGUUAUCAGUUUUUUCCUCUGGAAGUAGGAAGAGCGAAUGAUUUGAAAGAGUCUGAGCCCAUCCCCAAUCUUGAACUAGGUCUGGGUGGUAAGGACCGUAAGUCGACUCAAAGUCUAGUGGAACAAUUGCCUCUGUUUGUUCUGCAGGAUGAUGCAGAAAGUAGUCCGGAUGUUACCCCUUGCAGGUUCAUCGAGCCUCCCGGAUUUUCAUCAGCUCCCAGUAUCAAAGAUGAAUCCCAGAUCUCAGAAGCCAGUUCUCCUCUUAAUCUGACUCUUGCUGUUCCUCAAUACCGAAAGGAGGGAAACUCAUGGGUGAAGAUUGAUGACACCGAGUCGACACUCGGCCACGAAGAUGUGAACUUCGCUUUGACCUUGUGAGCUGGCUACUCGGAGAUAAGUUACAUGGGUUGUAUAUUUAGGUGUAUUUGAAAGGUAUGUAAGAAUUUUGUAACCAUUGGAAAAGGUAGAAGCUAGGCAUAGAUACUUAGAACAGUAGACAGGUAAUUUCCACUAUUCAAUUACAUAAGUACAGCUUUUUCAUAGAGGGACCUUCUGACAGAAAAUGGUGUAACAUGUAUAGUGGCGGUCUUCCACCAUCACUAUACUAGGGGAAAACAUACUUUCAAGAUUGUAAAUUUAGAUCAGGUUUACAACGAGGACAAGGAAGCAUACGUGAUUCGUCUUUGGGAGACAAGAGCCAUGCCUUUUCAGACGUCCCCAAACGCACCUGUAGGAAACGCUUAGAACUCUUAUUCAUGUUCCAGACCAUCAAUGAAAGCAGUCAACAGUCAGUAGUCAACAUCUCGAGAAGAGGGGAAGCUGUGGGCCAAAUACCGGUCUAAGGAGUAUCGAUAGGAAUCUAUGAAUCACGUACAUUCGGUCAUCAGGAAAGACAGUGAUUCUUGAGUUUUGCGCAAGGCACGACUAGUUAGAAUUAGAACGACUGGGUCUCAUGCGAGAUGUAUGAAGUAUUGAGGUAAUCUACAGGUGACUUGAUUUAUUGAACGUUGUAAAGAUGGGAAAGUGCAUGACAUUUGUGCAUUUCAUGCACUUAUCAUCUUUACAACGUGAAUAUGGCGCAAGGAUUACAGGUAUACUGAUGGCAUCUACGAGUAUAAACAUAGUGACAUAGACAAUCAUCCUUUUGCUAUAGGUGUGUGCUGUACACAGAAUCCUGUGCAUUCCAAACUUCAUGAAUUUGU